AAACAAUGUCACGUGACACAUAUUUGCUGGGAGAAGCGCUAAUGGUGAAUAUUUGCGUGUGCCGACACGAAUUCGAGAAAGAAAUUGUGGUGUCAUCCAAGAUACAAGCAGCUGCGGCCAUGUUUCUCCAACACCAAUAGUCUGUCACAGAACUAGCGAUGGCUGGACGAUACAGAUAAGUUACAGCUCUAACACAACUGUUCCCGCGAGAUGCCGGCACCGCACUGAGUCACCACAUGUUUUGUAUGCAGGAUCAGCAUGUCCAAUUCGGGCUCAAACCCUGCAACGGGUGGUGAGAGUGAGCUGGCCCUCCCUGUGGCGGCCAUCGUGUGCCUGGCAGUCGGGGGUUAUGUGAUGCUGAUCGUCAUCAUCAUCCUGGUCAGAUACUUCCUUGUGUCUCGGGGUAUAUGUGAGUGUGGGUCAUGGUGCGCCAAGUCUGACGAGGAUGCACAAAGCUGUGCUUGUUGUGCCGAGUUGGCAGAAUGUUGUAACUGUUGCAAGAGUCCCACCGUGACGUCAUGUCUUGACUCCAUCUGCCCCAACAGAAAGGACGCCCAGGCUUGCUGUCAGAGGAUGGGGUGUAUUGAGCUUCUACUCUGCCAGUGCUGUGGAUCCCAAGGUGCUGAGGGUUUGUGUGCAAGCUGCUAUGAGUACGGCAACCAAACACAACGUGGGCCCUGAGUGAUCUCCCCUGAAUAUUGUCCACACGUUCCCUUGCAAAAACACCAGGAAUGAACGGGUCUAUUUUUGUAAAAGUGUUUCAUUCAUGUUAGAAAUAAGUUUGUUCACUACUGAUCAAUAUCUGAAAACAAAUCUAACUUGUGUAUGUUUUUGAUAAGCGAGCCUGCCCCCUUGUCAAGUAUCUAAGCACCCAUGGUGCUUAUUACCCGGUAUGUCAAUUAUGGUAUGUUUGUUAUUUUGUGUCAGUUAUGAUAUUCACUGACUGUCGAUUCAUGGAAUAUUUGACACAAACAGUUAAACUCCUUAUUGUUGUGAGGAACGUGUAUAUGUUAAUGAUAUGGUACUUCAUUCUUGGACUACACUUGUGUAUAUCUCUAAUGGCUUGAAGUUGUUUUAUGUGUUCAAUUGUUGUCACUCUAUUGACCACUGGUAUGCCAGGCUCAGUUAUCUACCAGCCACCAUGAUGUAGCUGGAAUAUUGCUGACUUACCCAAUAUAAGCGUAGAUAAGCCAAUCACAUAGUUAAGCCGAGGUAUUAACUUGACCCAUGAAACAUGUAUGAACAUGAUAUGACCUGUAGAUAAGCCAGACCAGGAAGUAAAAGACAACGACACAUCGCCAAGUCAGACUGCAAGACUACGUAAACCAAGUGGAACUGCAAGACUACGUAAACCAAGUGGGACUGAAGACUACGUAAACCAAGUCCUACUGCAAGACUACAUAAACCAAGUCAGACUGCAAGACAACGUAAACCAAGUCAGACUGCAAGACUACGUAAACCAAGUCCGACUGCAAGACCGCGCAAACCAAGUGGGACUGAAAACUACGUAAACCAAGUCGGACUGCAAGACUACGUAAACCAAGUGGGACUGAAGACUACGUAAACCAAGUGGGACUGAAGACUACGUAAACCAAGUGGGACUCACUCGUGUACAGUGUGCAGGAAAUGUACAGGGAACAAGGUUCAUGUACGUGUGUGAGCAGCUCCAGUGAUGGAAGAACACUUUAUGUCCUCCAGGUGUCCUGUCAGCUGGAACCGGGGGUUGACUGAACCCAAGCAAUCAAGUAAUGCCCGCCACAUUUAUGAUCUCGGUUUUGAAACCAAUGUUAUUAUUUGGUUCUUACUUCGUUUAUUGAUCAAGCCAAAAUAUCACAAAUGUGAAACACAGGACUCUAUAGUUAUUACAGGGAUAUUGGUGAAUUCAGAAAAACAAAGCUUCAGCAUCUAAUAUGAACUAAUGGGGCUCUUCUAUUCGUGUGAAGUGAGGUGCUUGUGCUCAACCAAUAGUUUCAGCAGUCGAGAGUUUGACGUUAUAUUUUCUCAUGUUAGCCCAUGACAGGUUGGGACAACUCAACAUUGAAUAUUUCUAUUUUAAUAUUCUUGUUAAAACAGUAUGUCACAAAUAUUUCUUGUUUUAAAUGAUUUUGUGUGUUCAGGAGAAACCAUCAAUGCUCAUGAUGUAAUGUGCCAAGCUUGCCACAUGCAAGGGAAAGAGAUUGUCAGUCAUGUAUGUGCAGGUUAACAUAUCGACCCACUAGGGUAUCAGCCCCAGCCAGUAGGCCCAGGAACACUGGGAACACUUCGUCAUCAAGCUAGUUGGGACGAUGUAGUUGAAGAGGCUCAGCCAGUGCUCCCCAUCAUAUUGUUAAUUGGACCAAUAAGCCUGUAUAAGGGUGGUAUGAGGUAUGUUUUGUAAGAAAAUUAUGUUGUACUUAUGGAGGACCAAUCAGCCUGUAUAAGGGUGGUAUGAGGUAUGUUUUGAAAGAAUAUUAUGUUGUACUUACGGGGGACCAAUCAGCCUAAGUAAGGGUGGUAUGAGAUAUGUUUUGAAAGAAUAUUAUGUUGUACUUACUGAGGACCAAACAGCCUGAAUAAGGGUGGUAUGAGGUAUGUUUUGAAAGAAUAUUAUGUUGUACUUACGGGGGACCAAUCAGCCUAAGUAAGGGUGGUAUGAGAUAUGUUUUUGAAAGAAUAUUAUGUUGUACUUACGGAGGACCAAUCAGCCUGUAUAAGGGUGGUAUGAGUAUGUUUUGUAAGAAGAUUAUGUUGUACUUACGGAGGACCAAUCAGCCUAAGUAAGGAUGGUAUGAGGUAUGUUUUGUAAGAAGAUUAUGUUGUACUUACGGGGGACCAAUCAGCCUAAGUAAGGGUGGUAUGAGGUAUGUUUUUGAAAGAAUAUUAUGUUGUACUUACGGAGGACCAAUCAGCCUGUAUAUGGGUGGUAUAAGGUAUGUUUUGUAAGAAUAUUAUGUUGUACUUACGGAGGACCAAUCAGCCUGUAUUAGGAUGGUAUGAGGUAUGUUUUGUAAGAAUAUUAUGUUGUAAUUACGGAGGACCAAUCAGCCUUAGUAAGGUUGGUAUGAGGUAUGUUUUGUAAGAAGAUUAUGUUGUACUUAGAGGGGACCAAUCAGCCUGUAUAAGGGCGGUAUGAGGUAUGUUUUGUAAGAAUAUUAUGUUGUACUUACGGAGGACCAAUCAGCCUAAGUAAGGGUGGUAUGAGUAUGUUUUGUAAGAAGAUUAUGUUGUACUUACGGAGGACCAAUCAGCCUAAGUAAGGGUGGUAUGAGAUAUGUUUUGUAAGAAUAUUAUGUUGUACUUACGGAGUACCAAUCAGCCUAAGUAAGGGUGGUAUGAGAUAUGUUUUGUAAGAAGAUUAUGUUGUACUUUCGAGGGACCCGACCAAACUGAUGUAGUCUACCUGUACACAAUGGUACUUGCUGUGACAUUUACAACCCUCAGUACAUUAUCAUACCCCUGUAUGUUUUCACCACCCAGGAAAUCAGUCUCUAGUCCAUUGUUUUUUCUGUGAAUUUGUUCUGAUGAAAUGAAUUGUAGCAAUGAUACAGUAGAUUAAACAACCUGUUACAUUGUUGAUAGUUUUAGUUAGUUUUCACCACUGAAAGCCAAAUGUCUUGGUGUUUUUUUGUAAAGUUCUGAAUUUGCUUUUGUUUGAUGUUGAGCUAAGCUAACUGUCGAUUACAUCACAUCAAGUUUGUACAAAGUCAAAUGUGUUGUAUAUUCGCAUUCAUUUACCUCUCCAGUCAGAUGUGCCUUCACUUGCUGUGUGGACCUUCACUUGCUGUGUGGACCUUCACUUGCUGUGUGGGCCUUCACUUGCUGUGUGGACCUUCACUUGCUGUAUGGGCCUUCACUUGCUGUGUGGACCUUCACUUGCUGUGUGGGCCUUCACUUGCUGUGUGGGCCUUCACUUGCUGUGUGGGUCUUCACUUGCUGUGUGGGCCUUCACUUGCUGUGUGGACCUUCGCUUGCUGUGUGGGCCUUCACUUGCUGUGUGGGUCUUCACUUGCUGUGUGGACCUUCACUUGCUGUGUGGACCUUCGCUUGCUGUGUGGGCCUUCACUUGCUGUGUGGGUCUUCACUUGCUGUGUGGGCCUUCACUUGCUGUGUGGGCCUUCACUUGCUGUGUGGACCUUCACUUGCUGUGUGGACCUUCACUUGCUGUGUGGACCUUCACUUGCUGUGUGGGCCUUCACUUGCUGUGUGGGCCUUCACUUUCUGUAUGGACCUUCACUUGCUGUAUGGGCCUUCACUUGCUGUGUGGGCCUUCACUUGCUGUAUGGGCCUUCACUUGCUGUGUGGACCUUCACUUGCUGUGUGGGUCUUCACUUGCUGUGUGGACCUUCACUUGCUGUAUGGGUCUUCACUCCCUAAGGUGCAUCACCUCUCAUUGAUGUCUAUGUAUACCUGGAAAGGGGUUACAUCAAAUGUAUGUUUCAUAUUAUAGAGCCAAUUUGAGAAUUUGCCUGUUAUAAUUCUCAAACAAAAAACAUAUUAAACAUAUUACAAAGUAACACAUUGAAAUACAAAACAUGGCACCAGAUAAUUUUCUGUAAGUGCCCCUGGGCAACAGUUGUUGGACUUCCCUUUCAGCUACAUUCUCUGCGUCUUCGCAUCAUGUGCUGACUCGGUGCUUUGAAAUGUGCUGACUCAGUGCUUCGACAUGUGCUGACUCGGUGCUUCGACAUGUGCUGACUCGGUGCUUUGAAAUGUGCUGACUUGGUGUUUUGACAUGUGCUGACUCGGUGCUUCGACAUGUGCUGACUCGGUGUUCGACAUGUGCUGACUCGGUGCUUCGACAUGUGCUGACUCGGUGCUUCGACAUGUGCUGACUCGGUGCUUUGAAAUGUGCUGACUUGGUGUUUUGACAUGUGCUGACUCGGUGCUUCGACAUGUGCUGACUCGGUGCUUCGACAUGUGCUGACUCGGUGCUUCGACAUGUGCUGACUCGGUGCUUUGACAUGUGCUGACUCGGUGCUUCGACAUGUGCUGACUCGGUGCUUCAACAUAUGCUGACUCAGUGCUUCGACAUGUGCUGACUCAUCUGUGGUCUGUGUAGCAUUGUAUCGAUGCAGGAGACGGUAAAUUGUGGUUAUGUUAACGUUGAAAUGACAGGCAACAUCUUGGACAGACAGUCCAGCUUCCAAACAUCCGAUAGCCUGGUUUCUCUGAAUUUGAGUUAGGCGUGGCAUUGUUGACCAAGGAGUGGUAGGUCCAAGAAUCGGCCACAGUUUUAUACCCACUACAGUUUGUGACAGUUCAUGCAUUUUCAAUUUCGCGAGAAAUGGGUGCAUGAUACCAACAUAUUCAUUGGAAUGGUGCGUUUUGGUGAUUCGUUUUUUAUGUUGCUAGGGGCUUCCAAAAUGCAAACAAAAAUAUUGAUAACACCAUCAGGCUUCACUACAUUCUAAAACUCGUAUAGUUCUGCGUGUGAGUAUAGAUAUUUCCAAACAUCCAUGGAAGAUUGGAUGUAAAACUAAAGAAGUAGCUGUGCUUAACCUUUUUGCAGAUGUAUAUGUUUUUUGUGUUUGAGUUAUAACAUAAACAGGACAACAUAUGUAACAUUUCCCUAGGCCUUUAGCCAUGGAUAUAACCGUGUAUGUAUCAUGUUAAUCAGACAGACCAAAUGUUACAAAAAUGUUCUUUUGUUUUCAAUCUUCUUCAGAAUAUGGAGUGUGAGAGAGCCACCAUUUUAUAUUCAGGCUGGUGGUGGUGGAGUGGAUUAGUAGUGAUUUAAAAAAAAUAUACUUUGUUCAGGUAAAAACCUCACAAAAAUGUUUUUUCUCAGGUUUUACAAGAAAAAAUAAAUUGAACACUGGACAUGUAGGAUGUCCUGAACAAAUGUGAUUAAAAGAUUAACAAGCCUUAAAGUGUUUUGUAGCAGUAAAACAGUAGCACUGACCGAAAACAAUUGCUCCCCAACACAAGUCCUGUCAUCCAUUUCCCACCCCUACUCCCACACCCUUACUCCCACACCUACUACCACACCCCUACUCCCACACCCCUACUCCCACACCUCUACUCCGACACCUACUACCACACCCCUACUCCCACACCCCUACUCCCACACCCCUACUCCCGCCCCCUGCU